AUGGAUAACGCGUCUGACUACGGAUCAGAAGAUUCCAGGUUCGAAUCCUGGCGUGCUCGCCAAUUUUUCGCAUCCACACUUGCCGCGCACAUAACACCAGCCAAGCAUAGACUGAUGAUAGGGUCAGAGGCAUCCGAGUAGAAUAUAUCUUCGUCUUCCCCCUUUCCCUCCGUGUGAGAUUCCAAUUAUCAGCUUUUCACCGAUGCUCAACAGUUCACAAGGGCUCCAGGACGAAGUUCCAAGUAAAAAUGUUGCCUCCAUUUCCAUUCUACAAGCACGACAACUCGAUAUGAUCUCCUGAACCGAAUUAAUGCAGUGUGCAGAAGUGUAAAAUUACAGGAUUCUAUCUGCACUUAGGUGACAGCAGAAGAGAUCACGGCUGGCUGCUAGGUCAUUGACCUAGCAAGCCGCCAUUAUUAGCGGAAAAUAACUAAGAAAUGGACCAUCACUACGGCAUACAUCUUACAUUUGCCAGGGGGUCAUUAACAUAUCGGGGAAUACGCAAGCACGAAGCUGGUGUUUAAGGCAGCUGCGAGCGCCCUUCGUCUUCCAAUCAUAUCACCCUAAUAAGCGUCGUUUCUCCUGAAGUGAAUGCGAAUUCGUAAAUGAAUGAACAGAGAAGGCCGGCAUAUGUCUUGUCCAGAACGAUGGCAUAAAGGGUCAACCGAAAUUCCGAAAUGCGUUUUGGUUACGAAAAGAUUAAUUAAGUAGGGCUGUAAAACUAGUCAGCCUGCAACAUAAUUCUAUAAUAUUUCAGUUACCUCAGAAUGCAGGCUUCCGAAAAAACUUUCUUUCGCCCGCAUGCAAAAAUACACUCUGCAAAAAAUAACUACUUAAUUAGCAUGCACUUUCUUCAUUGUUUUUCUAUGUUCCUAAAAGUUCAAUUAUAUUUCAUGAAAAACGUGCGUAAAAAUAUUUUUUUCUUUUGCUCACUCGGUAGGAAAUUACGUCUUCUAGAAGACGUAAGGCUGCCCCGGGAACCCAGCACGACCGCGUUUGACAAACGGUUAUCACUGGUGCAGCACGAUGUUGAAUGCGUCCGGUAAGACUGUUCUGACCCUUGAUGACAUGCGAGUAGAAAGAAAGUUGAUUACGUUGCUGAGGAGGUCGUCGAACUACGGGCAGACAUAGCGCAGGUUAAGGCUACAAUGGCGGAAAUUUUAAAGGCCAUUCAGGAAUUACGUCAGCCAACUGAAGCGAGGCCUCCUUCACUGAAGUUGCCUCUGUGUACGAAGGAGGCUUACAAGGCUUUCGUCAGUGAGCUUGAGAAGAAUGCUAGUUUCGCUCAAGACGCGGUAUGUACAUAUACUGACACUUCUUUAUUUGAAUGGAUUGUAGAUUAAACGUCUGGCGAUUACAGACGGGCGAAACGAGAAAGAGUUUGUCAGAAAUCUACUGACCACUCUACUCGGCCACCCCCUAUGCCUCAGUUUCUGCUGGGGCGGAGCAAGAGAUAAGCAGGCCUUCGUCGGCAGCCCCCUAUAUGGCCUUGUUAUUGGUAGGAUAUUUAUUUUUAAGAUUACUUGUUCAGCUGCAAUUCGUGAACACGCCGCCUUCUCCAAUUGCACCGUCGACACAAUUCGCAAGAGUACAAUUGAUUGGUUCCACGGCGCGCGUGACAGAUGCGGUGGCCGAUCAAAGCGGAGAGACAAUACCACUGCAAAUGCCACGGUAAAUUAAUUGACUUGAGUCUUUAUAAGCCACUUUCAGCUUCCCGUCAGCUACAGCUCAGCCGAAGAAUAUAUGAUACAAUCUACUUCCGAGGACACUGUAAGUGAGCGUUCCUUUAUAUCUAUUAAACCUGCAUUUAUUCGAGCCUAUCAACUUCAAACUACUUUAGAUCAUAAAAUAUAUUACUAAAAUGCCUUAUUUCAAUAGUAUGUUUUUUGACAAUUUAAUUAAUAGGACGCUGUGCUUCAUUUUAUUGUAGAUACCCGCCACCGACAUAGACGGAUUACCAAAUAUGUCCCUGGAGGAAACAUGACAGUUUGUACAUAUCAAAUUUUUAUCUUUAUCGAUCAAUAAAUUUUCUUUAAGCUAUAAAUGACGUUCAAGUGUGCUGAUCGAUAUGGUUCGUUGGGGGGUUUGCAAUCACGCGUGAAUGUCCGCUAAGGGUCGCGGGAGAUAUUGGCUUUGGGAAGGCGAGCCGGAAUGAACCAUGACAUAUUUGGCGAAAUGGGGUUCGCUAGAAGGUUACAAGGGAUAAAAUAGGACAGAUACCGGGGAAAAUCUGUCUAGGAAAAGGGUGAUCAGGAUUAUAACGCGAGUAGUUAGACGUUAAUGGGUCGGUAUUACGGUCAGACAGUCUAAUAUGGCCGUGGGUGGGGGCAAAAAACGAUAACUAUAAGGCGUCCCCCUGCGCAUUUUUUUUGCCGAUGAGGGGGCCAGAGGGGGCCACAUCGGGGAUUUGCCCCGCCAUAGCCCCCUCUCCAGCCCCCUCAUAGCCCCCUCUGGCCCCGCCAUGGCCCCCUCAUGAGGCGGGGCCAUGAGGGGGCCAGAGGGGGCUGGUGCUGGCAGGGCUUCUUGUAUUAUUGUAUACUAGUUUUAAAAAAGUUUCUAAUGGCCGUUCAUAAAGUGUCAUGUCUCUGCAUUUUCCAAGUUGUUUUUCCACACAAAUUUUACUUUCAGGCCAGCUUAUUUCUAUGGAUUUAUCUCCCUCGUCUUGGUAUGUAGUGUUAUUCUUGUCAUUUUCAAAAGUGGAUGAGAGGAUUAUGACCACUCAGUCGACCUUUGGAUUUUUUAUGGCCCAUUCGAUGUUUGCACACCACAGAUGCGGGGGAUACAUUCGUACUUGCCUAGGACUGUCUCUGUUCGUGUAAGCGUACGUUGCUGUUGCACGUAAUUACACAUUUCCAAGUCUUCCGUUGUCGUUCUAAGCUAAGGCCUUCAUUCCUGUUUCGAGGUUGAGCAACCGAAUUCGCCGCAAACGCUUUUUUAUGAAAUGUGCCCCGUUCAUGUUUUGUCUUUCAGAUUAUAUGCGUUCCACGGGGGCCGCGCGAUAGAUGCGCUGAACCAACACACGGCCACAUCGGAUUCUGGCAGAUGUUAUCGGAAUGCGCUCCACAAGAAAUGCCAACAUUUCAGGGGUGUUCCGGCAGACACAGUUGCCGGCAGACGUCGCGCAAAUUGGGACCCCUGUCGUCCCCCCCCCUUCCCCCCAAGUACUGCUGUUGAUAAAAUCCUGGUUAUUUGCUUUGUGGGCCUGGGGGGCGGAGUGGAGCGCCAAGGUGCGGGUUCAACCGUGCCGCCAACCUGCGUCCACCCCCGCCUCCGGUCUUCUCGACCUUGUUUUGACAUUGAAUCCAGGUCGGGGGGGAGGGGAGAGAGCGUGGUAGAUGCUGUGCAAGUCCACUACCACUAUAAGCUAAUUCACGCACAAGUCGCCGUGCCUGCUUCACCUUGCUGUGAAGCCCACGGUGGACACCGUCGGACACGACGGUCGAAUAUGCGACAGGGGGGGAGCGUCUCCAACUGCCCCAUAUUUCAACUCCGAGGAACUCUGAGCAGAUCCUACAGGGGCUCCCGUGCUACAGCGAAAUUUAGCCUGGGAUUUUAAGUAGAUCGAGGAGCUAGAAAUCAUCGAUAAAGAGGAUGUUGCCACAGCCCGGUUCAGUCGGACUGCCAUUAACUCAGAGGACGAGAAUGCAAUGGGCGAGGACCGAAUGUCGGGCGACAGCACUCGUCAAGUGCACUCAUCACGUCUGUUGACCAGAGACAAGGAUUUUUUUAGCUCGAGUGGGAGUGUUCCAUCUCGACCCCGGAGUUUUCGCCUGAUAGUGUCAGCUGUUUUGCGGGCAGCAAAAUACAUUUAAAUCUAUCCCCAUCUUUAAUCUCCAAAUAUUUAGUUCAGGUUAGUUGAAAGGGUAAGAAUGUUCGAGGAGCAGGAGCGUCCUUGCCCAAACGGCAAGCAUUUUCGAUGAACACCUUGGCCGUCGAAGUCCAUUCAAUGUUACCUGUUGGUCUUGCAGCUACGUGACGCACACGGCGGUCGGAGGCUCGCACAUUGAUGGGACAGUUGAUGGGUCGGAGUGCCUGCUUUUGAGAGCGCACGUCUUGGUGCCGCCCCUUAUUCUGUCGCGUCGAAGAUCCUGACGAGCUUAUUUUUUUGGAGUUCUCUCAUGGUGGUAGCAACAGUAGUAAUAGUAGCAAUAUUAGUAGUAGUAGUAGUAGUAGUAGUAGUAGUAGUUGUUGUUGUUGUAGUAGUACAAACUUCCCCACAGGAACUUUCGUUACGCUCCCUAGUAGCAAAUCCAUAUCCAGGCGACAACGACCAGCCGUGGAAAAGUCGCGAUAGGUGUUGCGCCUAGGCGUGGAUUUUGCCCAAAUUGCAGCUAUCAAGGCGGUAUCUAGAAGUCGCGAUUCGGCACUAUACCGCGGUAGCGUUAUGGCAGAUCGUACGCUCUACUUGCGUCCCCCGACAUCCUAAUCAACUUUUCACGCUUAAAAUUCUGGUCCGAGUGCAUCAAAGUUUGCUCACUACGUUGGCGGUUUUCCAUCCAUAAUCCAGCCCAAGCAGCGUCCUACAGCGACUGGAUGUACUCUUAUCGCGACUUUUCGCGAUGGGGGGAGGGGGGAGAGGGUAUCGGAAUGUGAUUGGUCACCUUUAUUGUACUAUCCGCGCACUCAUUGGUCGCCUGUGUUUUUCGCGCAAUGAUGGCGCGCGCACUUCCACGCCGCUAUCACUGCGUGCGUGCAUUAUGCUGCGUGUGCUCCCAGUGCACUUUUGCUAGAUAUCCCUUUAGGUUCAAAUUCAAGAUUUGAAGGCACAAACGUGAACGAUAUGUAAAAAAGGAUAUCAAAGAAAUAGGGGACGGGGUAGACCUCCUCGUUCCCAGAAACAAACGUCCUCGAACGGAUAAUUCCGACACGGAGUCGUCAUCUAACAGCUCACUGGAUUUGGAUUUCAGCGCUAGCGGAAGCAUGAGCCCGUCAACAUCGCUAGCAAACAGCGUCUCAAUCGUAGAAAGCGUUGCCAGCGCCGACAACGUCACCUUUUAUGACGACUGCCAACACACAUACUUAUACGGACCAGGUUGCGUGGAUGGGCUUUGCAGCCCAAUACAGUGCACAGUCAUCUCCGCAGCUUUCUAGACACAUUUGGGUCACUUGUGCCGCAGAUCCCGAGAUGCUUCUAAGGGCAUCGUAUGCCCUAUAUUCACGUCGGACUGCAGAAGCAACUCCGCCGGUUAGUUGAUAGCCAGCACGUCGUCUCACCGGGAGAAGAAGUAAUAGCAAAUUUAGCCAUAUAUCGUUGGUCGAGGGUAGAACUGUGGCCUAUGGGUCGCUUCAUGAGGGCCUUUGCAAGUAGUAUAUUUUCGGAUGCCAUAUACUAUGGGAAUGGCAAGGCGUCUACUGUGGCAGUCUUCUGUAUGGUACCUGUAGAAAAUAUAGACGUGUUCGCAACGCCAGCGUCAUUUACGAUGCACCCGCGUUAGCUUUCGUUAGGAAAGUUAGGAGUGCUUGCAAAGACUGCGAACAGUGUGCAACUGAAGGCACGUAUUUAGGAAAGGUAGUUUACUAGCAGGAAGGACGAAGAUUUCGUAGACCAGGGUCACAAUCAGCACAUAGGACGGUCGUCUCUAUCCCUCCGUUGUAAGCUAGGAUUGGUGCUCAGUUUUCCUCUCGGUCCCCUUAACUCAGUCUGCUUAGGUGUGAGGAGGAGGCUAGUGCGUCUGCGGGUUAAAAGUCAUCUGUCCAAGGUGGCCGGUGUAGCGAACUCGUCCACAGAUAGAGCAUACCAGGCUAAACAUAUGUGUCAACAGAGUUUUCUCAGGGUAAGGUGAUUCCAUUCUAUCAGCACAGGUACUAGCUAAAAGCCCAUACACACGUGUUUCGCCGAUAUUAUGUCGCUGCAUGGCGCAGCUGUGACGGGUUUGGCUCGUCAGAGGGUCCCCCAGCAUUCCCUGUGUGCUUUCUGGUAGCUACUCCAAUCUAGAAAUUGUCGCUUUUUAAUUUCCACAAAUAUUAACUGCAAACUUGGAAUAGAUCAGUAUAUUUGAAGUCUGUAGGCUAAGACCAAUGUUUUUAUGUGUGAAUAUUUUGGCAGAAGUUCCACUGCCACAGCGGAUAACGGUUCAAGUCUUUCGGCUAUCGCCUGUGCUGUUAGUAUGAAUCACUUUACCCUAAAGUAUACAACUAGUUGCCUGUCGGCAAUUAAUGAAUAUUAAACGGUUAUCCGCUGUGGCUGAUGGACCGGUGCGCGGCAAGUGUGGAUGCGAAAAAUUGGCGAGCACGCCAGGAUUCGAACCUGGAAUCUUCUGAUCCGUAGUCAGACGCGUUAUCCAUUGCGCCACGCGCCCGCUGCCCUGCCACACCAUCGUUGCGUACUAGGGCGCGUGUCGCGCUCUGAUGGGCGCGGUCGCGCGUUGUCUCGGUUGCAAACGGAGCGGCCACAUAGCUCGUGUGACUUCUGACGACUCCUGACUAGUCACUAUCUGACUCCAUCUUCUUUUUGCUGACGGCAAAUUACAUAGUUGCAUUUUGGCAGGCCUGAAUGAUUAAACCGACUGUCCAGUUUUGCGAAUUUGGGUGUCAUCAGCUGAGUUCCAACCCGUCGUAGCAGAGAGGACAAUCGGGCAUCUUCCCGUCGUGUAAGUGGCGGAAUCUCAACCAUUAAGCUUAAUUUAACUGUCCAACCUACGGCGUUAUCCCGCUGCGCCACACGCGCCCGCUACUCUGUGCCAGCGUAGCUGUCGGCACUGUGAUGGGCGUGGUCGCGUGUUGACUGACUUGUCUUUCGUAUGUAGACCUAUCACUCCCACACGCCUACACACAAACCUCUCCUGACUUGUGAACACUCCUGCUUAUUUAUUAUUUAGCCAUAUUCACAGUUCUGGCACACAAACACCUCGUCUGACUUCUGAGUACUCCUGGCUAUUAAUUAUUCAGUUCCAUCUUCACUUUUCUGACAGUAAAUUGAAUAGUGUUGUAGUUUGACGGAUUUGUGAAGUUGGGUGGCUUCCGCUGCGUUCCAGCUCACAGCAGGGCAGUUUCCUGUCGCCCGAGUCCAACCUGCCGUGAGCAAUUGAACCUGCCACAUCUACCUAAAUAGACUGACGGUCGAGAGUAUCAUUUCCCCAAGCAAUGAAUUCAGAUUCCAGCAAUAAUAAGUGUUUGGCGACAAUCCGACUACAGAAGUGUGGAAAUGCGAUGGAGUUCGCUCGUCAUAGUACAGCUGACCAGGGCAUCUUUAAACAAGUUGGGGUUACCACAGUGAGACAGUUAGCCGGAAUUCUUGGUUUUAAGGGGACGUUUGUCCCUGACAACUGUGACUAACUCACUUUGCGCACAGGCAGUUACUUCUUUGGCAAGGGUAUGAUGUGUAACCCCCUCCUGGGCGGCCGUAGUUACCCACAAACCUGACAUCAACUAUGGUCAUGCCUUAAAUGGAAAGUCACUACCCUUAAGUCAAGCCCUAAAAUCCUAACCCAAACAACGGUUCGUGCCUGACAACCCUAGUCCCAAGAAUAACCCAACUAACCAAUUCUGACCGUUACCCAAAUUUUAACUUUGAGCCUAAAACGGCAUCUUUAAUGUCGACACCGCUAUCGGAGAUCACAGUCGGCUUCCUGCAUAACCCCUAUUGAAAUCUACUGCCAGGCAAACGGCUGUGAAGCACACCUAACUAAGAUAAGUAGGUAGGCGUUUGAACAACCACCCAGGGGGGGGGUUAUAUACCCUACCCUUAACACCUCUUUAAAUGUGCCACCAGCCACGCCGAGCGACCAUCUGCACGACGUGAUCAGUACGCGCUGACCGCCCCCGGGACUCCGCGGAACUCUCCUGUGCGCAGCGGUCACACAUCAGCAGCUGCCGCGACAGGUAUGCCAACUGUGACAGCAGACUCUAGCCCAGCCAAAAUGGGUCGCCAGUCAGCACAGUUUAACACUUCCUCCAAGUAUCUUGGCUUGCCUUGAUGAAUCCUCUUUUUUCUCGAAAACCCUGUCAGGACGGCAUUACAGUUAGGAAGGUGUGGGAAAGUGUCGCAUAGACCCCUCUGAAGAACGGCUUGCUUUCGAAAUUUCUAGUUGUUGACACCAGCCUGUCGCAUAACGUGUAUCGGUCUUGGGCGCGGCAACAGCGGCCGCACUUCCCUUUUCGAUCGAAUAUUUGUGCUUAAGUGCCUCAGACUUUGGCUUGCCGACACCGUGACGCCAAUCGAUAUUUUGCUCUUCACUGAGUGGCCGCGCCGAUACACACACGCACAGUCACACCUUGGGUUGGAGGACACAACAGCUACGGCCAGCUCCCAGCCUGAUUGAAAAAUUGCCGUUGCUACCUGCCAGCAAGAGUGCGGAUUGUCCCGCUAAUUCCAUCUUCACGACUCUUGGUGUGAGAAAACUCUCGUUGCUGACCCGUUGCACCCUGAGGGUUUCAAGCAAAAAUAUGAGUUCCAGAAGGCAGUCUAAGAGAAGGAGACGUGCUCACUGUAGUAAGAUUUUUUCCCCCAUAGUUUUUAAAUUUCUUACUUGUUCGUUACCCCCUACCUUUAGCUGUCUCUGUUGAUGGAUUCGAGUAUGAAUUGGAAGCGAGAGGAGGCGAGUAAACUUAAUAUUCCAACGAUCGCUCCUUGUACACGGUUUUUCCUGUUGCCAAAUGUCUCUAGGGGUCGCGGAUAAAUGGAGUCAUUUAACAAAAAGACAAGUCAGCGAGCGACGCACAGGUUCAGGAGUUGGACUGUGACGAGAUGUUUGAGGUGCCUUUCCAAAGGUGUGGCAGCGCCGUGCAUACCGGUUUGACAUUAUUAAACAUGGGCAAAUCAACGACCCCAUAUUGUCAUAGAGUUAAAAAGAUGCAGUCCGUAUUUGGUCCUUCAAUGAGGGUAGAUAGGUAAACAUCGUUCCUCUGUCAUUUCGAGUUCUUCUGAUCGUAACUGAUGAGGCCAAACUGAAUGCAUGCGUGUAAGUAAGAAAGACAGGCGGCUGACUGGAACAGGUUGCUUAUUAUUCUGAACUCUGCAUUUACCAAUGUGGCUUGUAAAGUCAACAAUAUGGAUCAAAUCCACUGCUAAAUUUUAUGAAGCCCGUAUAAUCUCCUCUUAAUGCCGCAGAGAAAUGUAUGGUUUUCCGUACGUGGAAAAUAUACGGCUUAUAGUUUAGAAACCCUGAAUGCAAGUGCAACGGCAGGUCGGGGCUCAAAAUUAUCGGGGAGUUGGAAAAGUUUCUGAAAACCGAAUUAUACCCGCUCUUUCAUCAUCAAAUUGGAAGAAGGCGUAAUUUUCUACCGAAUGAGCAAGUGAAUGAAUAUUUUUAUGCAUGUUUCCUAUGAAAUAUAAUGGAAUUUUUAAGGGCAUAGAAAAUCAAUGAGAAAAAAAAGCAUGAUACAUAAGUAGUCAUUCUAAGAGAGUAUACUUUUUGCAUGCAGCCGCAAAGGCAUUCGUUCGAAAGCCGCCCUCUGGAGGUUACUGAAUUAUUAUGCUGGAGGAUGAUUAGUUUUACAACCCUACCUGAGUAAUUUUUUCGAAACGGAGACGCAUUUCAGAACUUCGUUUGAAAUCUCAUGAUUUAGCCCACCUAUUUUAUAGGUGCCGGUCCAGCAUAUCUCCCGCCCAGCCAUUUGUAGGGGGUAUAGAGGGCAUAUCACGACCCAUUCCUACCCACCAGUGCGAGUGCAUUCUGUGGGGUUGGUCAUAGCGAUUUGGUCGCAGGCUAUCCCCCCGGUGAGAAUACAGUUAAUUUCAAAACAGCCGCUUGGAUUCUGCCAAGCGGUUUUAUCCACCAGCCAUGUCCUGAAUAUCCUUUGCUGUGAGGCAAACUACAGUAGGUGGGCUAACACAUGAAAUGUCAACCGAAAUUUUGAAAUGCGAUUUCGUUUCGAAAAGAGUAAUUAAGUAGAGUUGAAGAACUAAUCAUCAAGCCUCAUAAUUCUAUAAUAAUUCAGUUACCCCAGAAGCCGGCUUUCGAACGGACCUCUUUCCGGCUGCAUACAAAAACUAUACACUGUAAAAGCGACUACUUAAAUAGCAUGCAUUUUUCUCAUUGAUUUUCGAUGCCCAAAAAAUUCAUUUACAUUUCAUGUAAAACAUGCAUAACAAUAUUCAUUCUUUUACUCUUUCGAUAGAAAAUUACGUCUUCUUCCAAGUUUAUGCUCAAAAGAAGAACAUAAUUGGGUUUCAAAACACUCUUUUAAUUCCCGAAUAAUUUUGAAGCUGACCUGCUAUUACACUUGCAUUCAGGCUUUAAAACUACAAGCCGUAUAUUUUCCGUGUACGAAAAACCAUGCAUUUCUCUACGGUAUUAAGAGGAAACCAUAUGGGCUUCAUAAAAUUAAACAGUGGAUUUUGGCAAUAUUGUUAACUUUACAAGCCACAAUGGUAAAUGUAUAGACAUUACGUUUUAUGAACAGUCAUUUCACGCUGUUAAAAAAUCUCACAAUUAGAAAUUUUCAGGAAACAGAAUUAUACCGUUCCUCCGAGCAUAGAAUUGGAAGAAGGCGUGAUUUUCUAUUGGAUGAGCAAAAGAAUGAAUAUUUCUAUGCAUGGUUUCCAUGAAAUACAAUUGAAUUUUCAAGGGAAUCGAAAAUCAAUGAGAAACUUGCAAGCUAUGCAAGUAGUCCUUUUUUGUAGAGUAUAGUUUUUGCAUGCAGUCGGAGUUAACCCACCGAUUUUAUAGAUGCCGGUCCAGCAAAUCUUCCGCCUGGCCCUUUGUAGGGGAUAUAGAGAGCAUAUCACGACCCAUUCCUACCCACCAGUGGGAGUGCAUUCCCUCGGGUUGGUCAUACCGAUUUGGUCGCAGGCAAUCUCCCCGGUGAGAAUACAGUUAAUUUCAAAACAGCAUGUUGCCAGCCGCUUGGAUUCUGCCAAGCGGUUUUAUCCACCAGCCAUGUCCUGAAUCUCCUUUGCUGUGAGGCAAACUAAACUGAAAGACCCUCUUGCGAUUAACAGCCUCAGGUUCACGAGAGAGAGAGAGAGGACUGCUUUAUUUUGAAAAUAACUUUCAAAACUUUCAGCAAAAACGGUUCUCCAGUACACGGUGAUCGUUGAGCAGAAUUAUAAAAUCUACUGGGGCAAAACAGCAUCAUCUUAUGCUAAUACCUAGACACGGGAAUAUGGAUGUAGCGGACAGGCAUGAACGGUUGUUUUAAUAGACAAGGGCGCUAAGUAUGAGAGCAGGGGUGCCUGGUGUCUGGACACUAUCUGUCUGCAUUCUCUUAUUUUUUUCCAGUCGACUGUCCCUCCCCGGAAGCUGACGUUUUGUUGCACUAAUCGACCCCCCCUUUUCUGCCCCUCAUUGCACGCUCUUCUUUUUUUCCUCUCCUCAAAUGAACCUUAGUGUAUUACGCGACUUAUCGUGUGCCUGAAGGUUGCUAUUCGAUAAUGAAUGCUUGGAAAGACGACCCUAACGGUUCACAGACCGGACAGAGUGCUCCAGUCCCCGACGUUCCGCCCCAGGCGGACGCGAGUGAGCUCUCGGCCACCGAACCCCCUUCGAGGUCGGACGUUACAUGGAUCUCUCCGAGCUACACAUGACACCAGAGGCACCUAUUCUCGUGUUCCAGUAUUAACCUUAACCCCAACAAGAAACAAAAUCCCAACUCACCUAUCCCUGAUUCUAACAGUGAACCUAAUUAACCCUAACCUUAACCCCUAGCCGCAACACUAGCACUAAUCAUGCCGCAAGGCCACCUGGAAUGCUGGCGUGUGCAUGUUCUCAUGUUCUACCGAAAAUCCUAGUGACUUUGUUCGGGUGUGUGCGUGAUACCAACCCCGUUAAGAAUGCUUCUUGAUGGUAUUUACUGACUUUUGUUUGUCACAUAACCUGCUGAUGCUGCUGUUAGGCACCCCACCAGAGGAUGAGCGCCGGACGGAAGGGAUCAGAAGACGAGGAAGAAGGGAGAAGCACGUUGAAGGAUGUUUAACCUCUUGAAAUAGCAUAGAGUGGGACAGAAAGGCCCACCUGAGACGAAUUUUCGUUGACUGACAGGGGUGCCGGUUCAGUGGAUAACAACCUGCACGAGACCCUGUAAAACAUCCACAUCGGAUUUAAUCUCUCCGGGGAAGCUUACGCAUAAAGCUUGUAUUUUUUGACCCAGAAACGGUCGCUGCUUCUUCUUCUCACCUUCAACCUCAACUUGUUAUGUCAUUGUUACCCCCUUUAUCAGUGGUACUACAGUGCGUGACCGAUGUCAUGAAAUGUUAGCCAAAAUUCUGAAAUGCGUUUUCGAUUGGGAAGGCUUACUUAGGUGGGGUUCUAAACUUGAUUAGCAUGCAGCAUUACCCCAUAGCAUUUCGGACUCAAUAGCAUGUCAGCUUUCGAAUGCACUUCUUUUUGACCUCCUGCAGAAAUCACACCCAGUAAUCAAUGACUACUUAUGUGGCGUGCAUUUUUCUUAUUGACUUUUGAUAGUAUUCUAAAUUCAACUAUAUUUUAUAGAAAACAUGCACCACAUAUGCUUUCUUUACUCCUUCGUUAGAAAAUAACAUUGUCUUCAUAUUUUAUGCCUGAAGGAAGUGUGUACUUAGGUUUUAAAAAAGUUUACAAUUAUGAGAUUUCUUAAGAUCCUGUGAUGUUCGUACAUACAGGACGGUACCUGUUCGUUUACCAAUGAUCCUCAUGAAAUAUAGAAAAAAGUCUGGAUCCAUUGCAAAUUUUUUGAACUCUAUAGAGUAUCUUCCUAAAAGCAUAGAAGAAUAUAUAAUUUUCCUUACGCGGAAAGUAUGCACCUUGUAGACUGAAAUCGUUCAACUCUAAUACAAUGGCAGACCAGGCUCAAAAUUGUUCGGGAAUUGAGAAACUUUUUUGAAACCUAGAUACACAAUUUCUUCAGGCAUACAAUAUGAAGACAAUGUUAUUUUGUACCAAAGGAGUAAAAGAGCACAUUUUUGUGCAUGUUUUCUAUAAAAUAUAUUUGAAUUUAUAAGACCAUCGAAAAUCAAUAGGAAAAAUGCUUGCCACUUAAGUAGUCAUUUUUACCGAGUGCGAUUUCUGCAGAAGGUCAAAAAGAAGUGCAUUCAAAAGCCGAGUCCAAAAUGCUAUAGGAUUAUGCUGCAUGCUAAUCAAUUUUACAACCCUAUCUAGGUACUCCUUUCUAAUCGAAAACGCAUUUCAGAAUUUCGGCUAACAUUUCAUGGGAUAGAUCACGCAAUGUAUUGAUAGACGUGUCAGUAACAUUCAAAAAGAGACAUGGUGCCAAGAAGUGUGCACUUGGUAUAGGACGCAGGUUAACUGCUGUAACACAUGUAGAAAUAAUUGGAAGAAAGUUUCCAUACAGAAGACACUGUUUUGUUGCGUAGCGCGCCCAAAAAGCCAACUCUUCGACUUUUCAUGUGUCCUCGCAAAGUAACAUUCGGACACUUAAACUUGUUCUCCGUUUACGCGUAUAAGUUACUUGGACCGCAAUAUCACUUCCAUAUUCGUCAAGAUGUGUAUGCAAUAAAUUAAUCUACACGGCUGCGACAGCUGGAAAAACCAUGGGACCCCAUUGCAGAAUAAAAAAGACUUUAAAAAAGCCAAGGUAUUUGAAGAUAGGAGGAAGAGUUGGUUGCAAAACCAAAGGCCCUGGAAGCACCUAUAAUCGUCGAUGUGCCAAAAAAUCCAAAAUUAAAGGGUGCAGAAAUAAAUGCAUUCGGAGGGAACUCAGUAGUUGUGACGAAAUUUUCUCCUGGGACCUUUUGCGUCUAACAAAAAUAACACAAACGCCACAUAGGGGUUGGGCGGGGGAGGGGUUAUCGUUCUUGCCGCCUCCCCUCCGCCUCCACAAGCUCGGCAGUAGGCCUGCCGCCCAUUCCGACACUGAAGUUCAUUUCUGCGCAGGUUUCAUUGUUUGUUUAAUCUGCCGCAGGGGUGUCGUCCUACUCUGCCUCCUAGGCCACUGUUCGUUCCCGUGCACCCAAGGCAUCCCGCGGCUCAGUGUUUGUGGUGGUGGUGGUGGUGGUGGUGGUGGUGGUGGUGGUGGUGGUGGUGGUGGCGUUUAA